CGGGUUCUGGCUAUGGUGUGAGUAAGACGGUCAGACGACUCGUCGUUGCAGAUAAUGUAAACCACGUGCUGACGUUCUCAAAGUUCGUCACAAUAAAGCUACGUAACAGUAACUGAAAGACAGGCGGCAUUUAAUGUGAUAUUUGAGAGAAAUCGAUGAUAAUAAAAAUAAAAUCUUGAGACGACAAUAUGACUGUAAUUAUACUUGAAAGCGAGUGCUAAGAUGCUUUUAGAAUAACAGAAUAGAAAAUAACUAGCGCAGGCAGCGUUCCACGCGAGGAGUUUUGAAUGUUCAAGGGAGAAAAAUGUGAACCGCAGCCUUUUCCUAAUUCGUGCCGUUAUUACAGGAAUGUCAGAAGAAUCAAGAGAACUAAAAUCCAUUUAACAGGAAAAUAUGUGGAGGUGAUAUAAAUUCGCAAGUUGAACCCCACGAGCCAUUAAGUCCCACUAAAUUUCAAUCGAAGGUGGUUAAUCUGUCGGCAUAAAAUAUUCGGGAAAUCCUGAAGCAUAGGCUACUUACCAUGGCACGAUCGCAGGACGAGAGAACCUUCUCGACAUCCAGUAAACGUCAACAGAAAAUGACUACAAGAUUCGUCUGUCUGUUGCUCGUUGCAGCAUGGUCAUACCCGAACCAGGUAGCGGGAGACGAAUGCCUUUCGUGUCGGUCGAACCCCUGCAGGAAGGUCACGGGGCUUUUCACCAGACCUACGUUGCCCGUUGGGUAUAACCUCAUAGCUCGAGUGCCCACCCACGCAUGUAACCUAACAGUCACGGAGCUGAGACGGUCUUCUAAUUAUCUUGCUGUAAGGACAGACCAAGGUUAUAUAAUCAAUGGAAACUGGGCAUUAGUGCCACCUGGUCGAUACAUGGGUGCCGGCACAGGAUUUUUCUACAGCCGCCCUCACCCACCCUCUGAGGGAGGCGAGGUCAUUUCUACGCCCGGCCCAUUGAUAAGUCCUGUUGAUAUAAUGAUUAUUUACCAGAGCCCAAAUCAAGGCGUCAGAUACGAAUAUUGGCACCCGCUCGGCCCUCCCUUCCCACCUCCCCUCUUCUACCAACCCCAGCAACCACCUGCCCAGAGUCCCCCUAGAGGCAGCCAGACAGCGCGUGGAAGGGGGCAUCAUCAGCAUCGAGGUCACCCUCGGGGACCUGGGUCACUGCAGAAUGUACAGCCAGGAUUCUUACAACCACCGGUCAAUCCCGAUGGAAGUCCUGGCCUCUCGCCAGGGGACUACUACGGGGGAGGGUCCAGUACCCAUGUCAGACCUGCUUCGGGUACCCAGGGAGUGGGCACCCUAGUGCAAGACACCAGUCUGGUGGGGAUUGGCGACGUCGGAGGAACAUCAACAGGUGGCUCUGGGCCGAGUUGGAAGGUGUGGAAGUUUACUCCGUGUUCAAGGACUUGUGGAGGAGGACAGCAGCAGGCCGUUUACAUUUGUACAGGUGCAGGGGGAAACAUCAUGCCCGAGGAAGUCUGUACAUCUCCGAAACCACCUCCGCAGACGGUCCGCUGCAACCCGAGGCCAUGUCCGCCAGUUUGGCAGUUAGGGGAAUGGUCGCAGUGCUCAGCAACUUGUGGCACAGGCUUGAUGACAAGGACUUGGGCUUGUGUUCAAGUCGUCUCCCCCACAGUAACACGAGCAGUACCACCCUCGGCAUGUCCGUCACCCAUGAGAGCGAACAUGGUUCCCCUGACACAACCAUGUACGUUGGCCCCUUGUACACGAUGGGAAGUAACGACAUGGUCAUCGUGUUCAGUGGAAUGCGGCACGGGUUUAAUGACCCGUCACGUGUCCUGCAGAGCGGAGGGUCAGCGGGUUUCAGACGACCAGUGCAACAUUCAAGAGAUGCCCCCAAAACAGGAGCUGUGCCACGGGCACUCCUGCGCCCACCACACCUGGUUCUAUACUGACUGGUCAGAGGAGUGUAUUGGAGGCUGCGAGGACGGAGUACAGACGAGGCGAGUAUGGUGUUCCCCGGGGGUCAAUUCCGUCGAAGGGGACUGCGACCAAACGACCCGCCCUGAGGAAUCGAGACCUUGCGCCAGGGCAGACGCAUGCGCAGCCGCUUGGUUCACUGGGCCCUGGAUGCCUUGUUCUCAAGAAUGCGGCAACGGAACUACAUCGAGGGAAGUGGUUUGCGUCGUCUUCCUGAGAGGAACCUUCAGGGCAACACUGGAUAUCGAGUGCAACCCGGAGACCCGCCCUAACGACACCCAGACCUGCAACCCUGAUCCCUGUCCGCCCCACUGGUAUUACACCGACUGGUCACCGUGUUCGAGAACAUGCGGUCGAGGCACGAAAACUCGAGCAGUCCAGUGUCUGGAUUUCGACCAGCGACCAUCCACGAAGUGUUCCAUUGCCCAAAAGCCCCCAAUUACCAGGACCUGCACGGGACUGCCCUGCGGAGGCACUGGUGGUGUUUCGCCAGGAAGCAGCGGAAGUAGCAUUAGUAGCAGCAGUAGCAGUAGCAGUAGCAGCAGCAGCAGCAGCAGCAUCGCUAGUAGCACCGGCGGCCUCGGAAGUGUUCUUGGUGCUUACGACAUCAGGCAGACGAGUAUAACCCCUAAUGAUGCCGGUUGUGUGGACAGAUUCAAGAACUGCGUGUUAGUCCAGCAAGCGCGUUUAUGCAGAUAUUCCUAUUAUCGGACUGUCUGCUGUGCCUCUUGUUAUCUGCAAUAAUUGCCGAUUUACGAAAUGCUUUUCAGAGAGGAAACAACUUUCGGGAACUUUACAUUCAAAAUCGUCACCUGAUGAUCAUUGAUUUUUUUCUAGUAAUGUUUUUUGAAAGAUCACUUUUAGAGGAUUUUUGUUUGUUCUUGAUAGAAAUGAGUUGUUUAGUGUAUGUUAGAGAGAGAGAGAGAGAGAGAGAGAGAGAGAGAGAGAGAGAGAGAGAGAGAAGAGGGAAAUACAUCCCACGUAAAACUAAUAUAACUAUUAUGAUUAUUUAUGUGACGUAUGCAGACAUUCAUUUAGUAGAAUUAACGCUUGUUCCCAUCAUUCUAAACUGGUCCUUUGCAAAGGAGGCGUCUACAUCAAUAUUUAGGAAACGAUGUUUUAUUAUUACCUAAGAUUCUUUGCUUUCGAACCAUUUGAUCAUGAGCUUUUCAAAAACAAAACUAGGAAAAAGAAAAUGUUGAUUAUAUUGGACAUCAACCGUAAUACAGGAGAUUGGUUCCGUAAAGAAAAAUUAUUUGUUUACGUCACUUUUCUGGUAUGUAUUUCAAUUAUAUAUAUAUGUGUAUAUAUAUAUAUAUAUAUAUAUAUAUAUAUAUAUAUAUAUAUAUAUAUAUAUAUACACGCACUUCGGCUAGUGUUUUCUCCAGGUAAGUACACAUAUGUAUACAUAAGAUGCCUAAAACUACAAUUUUAGCAAAAUCUAUAUAAAAUGCCAUCCACAGAAAUUUUUGGCCAAUUUAGUUGAGGUAUUAGUUCUUAAAUAUAGGAGUUCUAUGUACAGCUUUCUUUGCAGUGUUUUUUAAAUGAAAAUUCUGAUAUUCGUAUGCACUACAAGUGUAUGUAUAUGUUUUGCAUUAAUGACUAAUUUUUUAGUUGGCAGUCGCUGCACAAAUGAGAGAGAGGAGAGAGAGAGAGAGAGAGAGAGAGAGAGAGAGAGAGAGAGAGAGAGAGAGAGAGAGAAAGUACAUAAAUAUUUAAGAGAAUCUGAUAAAUGUGACAUUUUAUACAAUUAUUUCUUAGCGACAAGUAGCAAAUAGUGCUUGUAAGUAGGCGUUCUUCACAUUCUUGACAUAAGAGGGUGCAAAUUCCAAGCGAAAAGAACUACAGUUGUAUAAUAGCAGGGGGAGGGGGAAGGGGUGAGAAUAAUUAAAGUGCGAUGUUCAUUUCUCGCCUUAAAUCUCUUGAUUUUUUUAUUAAUAGAAUUAAUGUAUUAUGUCUGGGGUUAUCUUGAGUAUCAAUAAAUUGUCAUAAUGUU